AUGUAAAUUUUAUUCGUUUCCUUUUUUUACACACGACAUCACACAAGAACAAUUAAAGUAAAAAAACGCGUGUCGAUCAAAUGUGUCGUUCAAAAAAUUUAAAUUAUUUUUCCGACGUAAUAGAAGCUCUUGCGCUUCCAAUACACCUUCCACAUCGAUUACUCCAGGGGGAGGGCUUCUAAUAUGGGGGAGGCUUCUGUUAUGGGGGGGGGGUAUACCAAGAGAAAAGGUAAAAGUAUCACCAGGAAAGCCGAGUUCACUUUAGGAAACGUGAUAUUAUUCACACCUUGGGUGCAAGUUCUCCUACACUGAAUAGAUUGCUCUUUCUGUUAUUUUAGCACGCAAGAAACUACAAACUCAAAUACUCUGCCUACUACGUCUGCGCCUUGUCAGGAUGGUGCAGUACACAGACUGCCGGAAGCUUCACUGUUAGAUUUAUUUAUUCGAACUCAGAUGAAUGAACGUGGUAUUAUAACAUUUAAUCGUCCACGGACAAGAUUUCGCUUAGUAGAACCGGUGAGUCAAAGUGAUGAAUUUGAUUCGUGGACAUUUGAUCAUUUUCAUCAGAUCUUUGAUUUAUGGCUAACACCUGACUAUUUAAAGAAAGAACAUUUCCCGGCUAGAUGGAAAUUAGGUAAAGAUACCUUGAUUAAUUAUGUAAUUGCCGAUCAAUUUACCGUCGGUAACGAUGAUGAUAAUACGUCUAGACGGAAUGAACGUCCGAGUACAAAAUCAUUGGAAAAUUUCGUGCGUGAUAUAUGUGAACUGGAAGAUAAUGGAAUGUACGAGGAGUGGUUGGAUGCACUAACGCUGGACGAGAGUAUAACAACGUAUGCACACUUGGCUAAUUUAAAUCAAAAAGAAUGGGAUCGAAUCGGUGAACUGCCAAUGAACGCAUUGAAGACGAUUAAAUCUUACGUCGAUCGGGAAAAGCAAACGGCAGAAAAUCGAAAAGUAAAGAUCAAGGAUGACAAACAAGGAGAAGAUCAAAUUGAUAAAUCUUCCUAUUCCAAAUCAGAGUUACGUGCUAAUUUACAUAUGAUUAAACUGUAUUUCAUUCGGCAGUUAGAGAAUAAAAAGGGUAUUGAACAGAUCCCACAACUUGAGAAAUACUGUGUUGAAGAAGCAUUUAAAGAAAUGCGUGCUGAAGGCUAUGAAGAUGAUGGUCUCUUCGAUGAAAUGGAAUUAUUCUUUCAACCUUUAACCGUAACGGAUGAGGAAUUAAAAAUUAAUAAGGAUCAACUUGAAAAACUUAAUAAGGAACAACACAAGAGAAAAAAAGCCUUGGACGACAGAAUAAAACAAUUACGCGAAAAGAUUGAAGCAAUUACUAAUGAACUUAAAGAAUUAGGUGAUAAAGUUGAUGAACUUAAAGAGAAGCGUCGUGGAGAAUUUGAACUGAAUAAAAAAGAAAUGGAAAAACCGGAAAAUCAAUCGUAUCAAACAAAAACGAAAUUAGAUAAAUCGUGGUCAGAUAAAAAUGAUGAAUUUACGGUGGAAAUUAAUAAGUUUCAGACUAAAAUUACGGAAAAAGAAAGGGAACUGAAAAAACUCGAAGCGAAAAAAGUUGAUAAAGAAAAUCUAUUGAAAAUCAUUGACAACAGCUUACGUGCAGAUCAAACAAAAAUUGAUAAAAAAUUAGUCAAAGCGCAUAGAGGAUUUAUAAUGUACGGGCCGCCAGGCACAGGCAAAUCAGCUAUAAUGAGUAAAUUAGCAAAGAAAAUUGGUAUUGCGAUGCUCGGUCCACCUUUGGCCGCUGGUGAACUUGAACGUCCGUUAGUCGGCCAAUCUGAAGCUGUUAUCCUUGAUCUGUGUAUGCGUGGUAACCGUCUACCACAUUUGAUGUGUUGUGUUUCCAUCGAUGAAAUUGAUUCACUGGCACCGAAACGCGAUGAAGACUCUAGCGAAGGAAAAGUAGCCAAGAUCAGUGUUUUACUGUCGGUAAUUGAAGGUAUAAAAGAUGUACCAAAUUUAAUGUUUUUCUCGGCAACAAAUCGUCUACAUAUGAUGGAUGAAGCGUUUUUAAGACGGAUGUCAGGGAAAUUUUUCGUUGGGCGACCAUCAUCUGAAGCACGUAAACGUAUUCUGAGUGAAAUACCAAAAAUUAUAUUACAACCAGACGUUAGAGAGAAAUUAGCAACAGCAACAACAAAUUUUAGUGGAGCUGCCCUGAAGGCUCUGAAUGGUGCUAUUACAGUCCAUUACAUUUCUCAGCGACGUUCAAAACCGGACUAUGAUAUUAAUAAAGAAGAUGCAUUAAUCUUAGCUGAUCGAACAGCUCGUCAGUUUCAAUUAUUUCUCGGUCUCGAUACUCUCCCUCGUCUACUCUUACGUAAUCUUCAAGAUCUUCGACUAUUACAACAAGCACAACCACAACCACAACAAAGAACAACGAAAAUAUUGUCCGUGAGUGAUCCAGCAGAAGGUUUUCAUUUACAAGAAAAUUCUCUAUUUACCGGUAAAAUUAUUAUCAGUCUUCAAGAGAAAUGUGUUCGAAUCGAGACAAUAGAAACUAGUAGAAAAGGACACCAUAAAAAAUAUGUAUAUGAAGAUCAACUGCGUGAAACAGAACAGAAUCUGCAGCAACUGCUUGAACGCAUAACAUCGUAUGGAAAUGAUCGUAAUGUACAAUUAUUACAACUCAUUGAUUUGAACCUGCUGUCGUCUAAAGGUGCUUAUGAUGAAAAAAAAGUAUUUGAAACUCUAAAAGAACGUUAUGAUGAAUGUAUGGAAUAUAAACGUUCAAUGAUCGUCUACGAUCUUGAUUCACUGAUCGGUGUUAAUAAAUCUGAGUCUGAAUCAUCAAUGGGUACAUCGACGAGUUCCUCUGUCGUUAAUCAAAGUAUCUAUAUCUAUGUUACGAGUCGUUUUCGUGAAGCUAAAAUUGAAGUGAAUAAUGCGGAUAAACGUUUGAAAAUUGAACGUUGGGCUAUAGCAGUUGUACGUGAUCCAUUUCUAUUGAAAAAAUUCGCAGUAGAUGUUGAGUUUACUUCAACCGAAGAACAACAGAAGGAGGAAGAGGAUGAACGUCGUAAAUCAAAAGAACAGAUUAAAUGUGUUAAAUGUCGUGAUUUCUAUAUUGAAACGGAGAAUAAGAUGGGCUCGUGUACAUAUCACGAUGGGUUUGUUUACGAUAAUUCUUCUUAUGAGCUGAAACAAUAUCGACAGAACGAAGCUAUCGAAGAACUCAAUCAUGAUGAAUUCAAAGUGAUGACAGCGGAUUCGACAGAAACUACGCAGAAAGAUGAGGUUGAACGGAAAAAAACACGUUUCAAAUAUAUUUGCUGUAAUACGACGGUGCAAGCAGGUACAACAGCUGGUGGCUGUAAGAAAGGAAAACAUGGUUUGGAAGGUAGUGAAGGGAAACGAAAGAAAGGGACGGGAAAAGUGUUAGAUGAAGAGACGGUUAAAAAAUGGGAAUUGGAAUGUCUGAAUAAUCAAGAAUACAACGAACUACGAACACAGCUGUUAAAACAAAGACAACAAGGCACUUGA